AUGAUCACACCAUGGGAUUACACUGUUGCAGUUGCCUCGGCCUGCAUAAAUAUUUUGUUCGGUUUUUAUGUGAUUUGGAGUUUCUUGAAUGUUGGAAUAUUGCAGCCGUUUCAUUUUAGUGGAGCCAGUAGCCACCCAUCACACUUCCUGUCGCCUCCCACCCUCAAUCAUCACUCACCUCCCACAACUUCCCUUAUUCUGUCCUUCAUGCAACGCAGUCAACCAAAUGUUGGAAUGGGAUGGACUCAUCCCAUUCUGUCCAAUUUUCAAUCAUCAAAUCAGAUGAGGAGUGCAAAUUUGACAGCACAGGUGCAGCCAUUUGAAGGCAAGGACACAAGAAUAUUUGAUGUGGUUCUGUGUUAUUUGGCACUGCUUUGUACAAAGAAUAUCAACUUGUUUUGGCAAAGUGAGUUUCUGCAGAAUCUUCGGAUGUGA